AUGCCGCCCUUGCGUUCUGAAGAUGCCUCCUGGAAGUUGCGGCAACUGUGUUCGCGAAAAGGCAUCCCAUGUGAGGAUGUCAUUGCAUUCUUGGAUCAGCUUCCACCAGAGGAGCGGCAGGAGAUUGUUCACAAAGGCAACAGCAAUGGCAAGACGCCCUUGCACUACGCGGCGCAGCUGCGGCCCAAAGAUGGCGCCACGCUCUGCGCUGCGCUGCUGAAGCACCAAGCCCAACUGGAUGCCACCACCCGACGGGGACACAUGGCCCUACUCUUCGCCGCCGGGCGCGGUCAUGGCGAGGUGGUGCGUUAUUUGCUGAGCGCCCGAGCAAACCCACGGAUCGUCGCCGCAAGCGGUGAGGCUCCAUGGAACUGCGCCUCUCCACACCUGGAUGCAGCGACCAAACAGUUGUUGUUGGAAGCUGAAGCUUCUGACAGCCGCACCUUGAUUGACUACCGUCAGAUGGAAGAUGCCUGCGCUGCUCAAGUCGAAUACGAACGAGCAAGCCUUGCAUGCCGCGCGCGACGAGUGGAAGAUGAUUCCUUGCCGGCAUCCACUGCAGAUUUGCCUUCAGAAGUUGGUUUGGCGCGGGCCAUCGUCUCAUCGCUGACUGAGCCAGCAAUGCUCACUGCCGCCAUUGUGGCCGCGGCAGUGGAUGACAAAUUUGCAUUGCGAACAGCGCUGCGGAUGAUCUUUUCGCAGGAGGAAAUUGAGAAGGCGUUGCCAGCGAUGCUGAGAGCAUGUCGGGAAGAAGGAUUGACUCUGGAGCUGGCGAAGCGCAAUCGACGGGUGCGCAGUGCAGCAACUUCGCGCAUCUUGACAGCCCUGUUUAUUGAGAUUCGCAACACCAAUGCUGCAGCAAAAGUUGGCGUACUGGAGCUGGUUGCCGCCACAAAGCCAGACAUUGUGCUUACCAUGGAGGUGUUGUUUGCACGGGGCGCAUGCUUGGAAACCCAACAGCAAUUCCUCCAAUGCUGGGAGCAAGCUACGAUUUUGGCUGGCCAAAACAAAUACUUUGGAGAAUUGGCGUGGACCAUUGUGGGGAACCAACAGAACCAAGGUCGACAACGACAAUUUGCACUUUGCAGGGAUUGGGUGCUGCUGCUGCGUUGGGCGGCUGGUCUUGGUGCGAGAAAACAUCUGGAGACGGUUGUAGAGAUGGCGGUGUCGGCAGGGCGAGGGUGUCUCUUGGUGGAGGUCCUUGAGGACCUGGCCCUUCACGCAGACAUCAAGAUGCACGUCAAGGAGAUUCUGGACCAACACCUUGGCCGGGAACUCCUGAAGCAUGCGCCAGACAGGGCGCCACAGAGGUCCCAGUUGCUCCCAUCUCUGCCGCGCUACGAGCCCGCGACUUCGGCCCAGUGGGUUUCACGGCCCGAAGAGGUGCUACAGAUCCGGCAGGUCUUGGAGGCUCGAGCCUCAACCGGAGAUCUGCGUGUUGCCUUGGAUUCAGAGUGGGGCUGCAUACCUGAAGCACCACCUUCAGUUUUUCAACUGGCAAUCCGAGACUUCAUUUGGGUCAUGGAUGCCAUGUCUCUGCCUUCUGAAGUGGGUGCUUUGCUCACGUGGCUCCUCCAAGCGGAAGUCCAACUCUUUGGUUUCCACUUCGUCUCCGACGUCACGCGCUUGCAGCGCCUUGUGGAUGCAGAGCUGCCAUGGCACAAGGUUCUGGACCUCCAGCGAGAAGCCAUGCGCCGUGAAAACACAGGGCAGAUGCCAGGUCUGAACAGACUUUGCGAGAUGUACUUGGCCAAACUGCUGGACAAGUCCUUGCAAUGUUCCAACUGGGAUCAGCGACCUUUGUCUCCUGAACAGAUUUGCUAUGCAGGAUCGGAUGCAGCAGUACUGCUGGACAUCGCUGAUGCAAUGGAUCCGAAAAAGGGGACGGAAUCCGACCUGUUGGCCCUCGAGGAAUCACCCCGUAUCGUUGAAAGCGGUUGA